UUUUGCUGGGAAACUCACAACCAACCGAGAAAACUAUUCUGCCAAAGAGACUGUAUCAAAAGGCAAAAAACAAAGGAGACCAUGACAAAGAAGGUGGCCGUGAUUGGAGCUGGGGUCAGUGGCCUGAUCUCUCUGAAGUGCUCUGUGGAUGAGGGCCUGGAGCCCACUUGCUUUGAGAGAACUGAAGACAUUGGAGGGCUGUGGAGGUUCAAAGAAAAUGUUGAAGAUGGCCGAGCAAGUAUCUAUCAGUCUGUCAUCACUAAUACCAGCAAAGAAAUGUCCUGUUUCAGUGACUUUCCAAUGCCUGAAGAUUUUCCAAACUUCCUACAUAAUUCUAAACUCCUGGAAUAUUUCAGGAUUUUUGCCAAAAAGUUUGAUCUUCUAAAGUACAUUCAAUUCCAGACAACAGUCCUAAGGGUGAAAAAAUGCCCGGAUUUUGCAUCUUCUGGCCAAUGGGAGGUUGUUACCGAGAGCAACGGCAAGGAGCAGAGUGCCAUCUUUGAUGGGGUUAUGGUUUGCAGUGGCCACCACAUCCUCCCUCACAUCCCAUUGGAGUCAUUUCCAGGUAUUGAGAAGUUCAAAGGCCAGUAUUUUCAUAGUCGUCAAUACAAGCAUCCAGAGGGAUUUGAGGGGAAACACAUCCUGGUGAUUGGAAUAGGAAACUCUGCCUCAGAUAUUGCCGUCGAGCUGAGUAAGAAGGCUGCUCAGGUGUCUAUCAGCACCAAGCAGGGUUCCUGGGUCAUGAGUCGUAUCUCUGAAGACGGCUACCCCUGGGACAUGAUAUUUCACACUCGUUUUAGCUCCAUGCUCCGAAAUGUCCUGCCACGAGCAGUUCUGAAAUGGAUGAUGGAACAACAGAUGAAUCGGUGGUUCAACCACGAAAAUUAUGGCCUUGAGCCUCAAAACAAAUACCUUAUGAAAGAGCCUAUACUAAAUGAUGAUCUUCCCAGUCGUCUACUCUACGGAGCAAUCCAAGUGAAACCGAGAGUGAAAGAGCUCACAGAAACAUCUGCCAUCUUUGAAGAUGGAACAGUACAGGAGGACAUUGAUGUCAUUGUCUUUGCAACAGGAUAUACAUUCUCCUUUCCCUUCCUUGAAGAUUCACUUGUGAAAGUGGAGAAUAAUAUGGUCUCACUGUAUAAAUACAUGUUCCCUCCUCAACUGGAGAAGUCAACCCUUGCAUGCAUUGGCCUCAUCCAGCCCCUAGGUUCCAUUUUUCCAACCGUGGAACUUCAAGCUCGUUGGGCGACAAGAGUUUUUAAAGGCUUGUGUACCUUGCCCUCAGAGAAUACCAUGAUGUUGGACAUUAUCAAGAGGAGUGAAAACAGAAUUGAACUGUUUGGAGAGAGCCAGAGCCAAAUACUGCAGACCAAUUACAUCGACUACUUGGAUGAGCUAGCCCUGGAGAUAGGUGCGAAACCAGACCUCCUUUCACUCUUCUUACAAGAUCCUACACUGGCUGUGAAACUCUAUUUUGGACCCUGCAACUCCUAUCAGUAUCGCCUGGUUGGGCCAGGGCAAUGGGAAGGAGCCAAGCGUGCCAUCCUCACUCAGAAACAAAGGAUACUGAAGCCUUUAAAAACAAGGGCUCUAAAAGCUCCAUCAAAUUCCCCAGUUUCCUUCCUGUUGAAAAUCUUGGGGCUUCUUGCUGUGGUUGUGGCUUUUUUUUUCCAACUUCAGUGGUUCUAAUGUGUGAGCAUAAAGCUUUUAUUGUUAUUCAAUAUGUCUUAAAGAAAAACUAAAAAUAUGAAAGCUGAGAAAAUGGCCACAUUUCUCAUAUGUUAAGAGAAACCCUGCUGUAAAAAUAAAAAUGAGUAUGUCAUAAUAGUUCUCUAUUAUAUUUUCCACUUAUCAUAGAGUAGACAUUGUGUUAUAUACACUCUAUAUGUAUUAUUUUGUUUAAUUCUCACAAUUUGGGGAGAUGGAUACCGUUACUACACAUUUUACAGAUGAUGAAACAGAGAUUCAGAGCAGUUGGGUGACAUGUCCAAAACCACAUGGCUGGUCCUGGGAUUGGCACGCAGGUUAGCUUGAGUCUAGAACUUACAACAACUCCACCCCCAUAAAAUACUAAUGCAUAAAAACCUGUGUUGUUGAUAAAGUAAUUACUAACAAUUUAUUUUAUUUUUAAUUACAUUUAAGUUACUUUGGGGGAAGCAUUCCAUAAAAAAGCCACUCUUGUAACAAAUAUGAUCUGAUUAAUUAUAUGUAUAAUUCUUGGUUUAUAUUUCAGCUGGCAUUUGAAGGAGGGUCCAUUUUAUAUUUCAAAAGGCAUUUGAAGGAGGGUCCAAUGAAAAAAGUCUUUCAUUUUUUUUACAAUAAAUCUUAGGUAAUCAUUCACAUUCUGAAAAAAAGCACUGAGGAAGAAAAGUCUAUUUGCCAAGCAGAGGGACACCAUUAUAACAGUUGAGUCUUAUAUCUAGUGUAACCUUAGUUAAACAAUAUGUAGUCUUUGUCAUCUAACUAAAGAAAGAAUAUCAGUUUGUUAGAAGAAACAGACAUUUUCUUGGAACUGAAGUCUAAGAGUCCCAAACAGCCCAAAGUCAAUAGACAUUAAGCAACAUAAUAGAUAAACAUGAGGCUGUAAAACAUUCAUUCUUUCCACUAACUGACCUGGGGGAGAUAAACUUUGCCAGGAGUCCAGACCAAAGUCAUCCAAGAUAGGAGAAAGGUCAUAGGUAAAACAUUUAGGUAAAUUUUUCCUUUUAUUUCUCCAGAACCUUUAUAGACAUUGUUCUUCACUGUGGUCUGGAUUUCUCCCUCGAGGGCCUAGAACAACAUGAGGGCAAUCUGUCAGUAGGAACUUAAGAAUUUAUUGAAAUGACACCAGCAUUUAAAUGCAAGAUUAUAUUUUCAUUGCUCCUAUAAGAUGCCUUUGUGGGGGUGGGGGUGGGGAGUUGCAGAUGGUAUAAAUACUUAGUUUUUAAUUUAAAGACAUUACUUUGCUAAAUAUUAGAUUAUUUGCAAGUCAUUAUAUUAAUAAUAAAAUUCAUGAAGCCUUUACAGCAAGAGUCAGCAAUCUACUGCCUGUGUGUCAAAUCCAGUCUACUGUCUCUUUCAGCAAAUAAAGUAUUAU